CGGCGCUGGUCUGUGAGUCACAUGACCCUGACAUUAAAGCGGAAAUGACAGUUAGCGCUUCAGUCUCACGGCAGAUAAAAGGGCUGUGAUGUGAUGUAAUGUGAUGAUGGCAGCUGCCAGUGUGUCUCAGUCUUCCACAGAGAAAUCACAGCUGACCUUGAAAGUGUUGUCGGCUAAGCCUCAGUCUCCUAAACUGCCCAAUCGUCACCCUCGUUUGAGUUCGUUUGUGGAAGUGACCGCUGACGGCCUGACCAGUGAAACGAAGAAAACGGGCAAACGCACUGGACACCUAGAGCUGCAGUGGAAUGAAGACCUCACCCUGAACGUGACUCCUCAGAGUCGUUUGGAUCUGAAGUUGUGGAGUUGUCACACUUUGAGGAAGGAACUUCUGGGCAGUGCCACCAUUGACUUACUGGACACUCUGCGAACACAUGAUGGCAAGAGUAAGUUCAUCACAAACAGACACGUAUACACACAGACAAAACUCCAACCAACAAUAAAACGGCAAUUCAAGUUGCGCAGUUGA